CGCCGCUGAUUGGCUGAGCGGCCAGCCUGCCUCCGCUGAUAUAAAGUGUGACGCGCAGGCGUGAGCCGCGAGGCUGUGGCAGCAGCUCAUGUGCGGAAGAACAGACGCCGAGAGGCCCGCCGCCGCCGCGGCGUUCACGCACCGACAGAGACCCGCACGCUUCUUCCGGAGGAGGAACGCAGACAGAGCGCCGCCGCAUUUCCGCACAAUGGAGCUUCACGACAAAGAACUUCAGGCCGGGGAGACUCUGCCGGUGGUGAUUAUCGGUAACGGCCCUUCAGGGAUCUGUCUGUCAUACCUGCUGUCAGGCCACACCCCCUACCUGUUGCCCAACUCAUGGCAUCCGAACCCUCUGCUGCACAGCAAGCUGGGGGAGCAGCCUCACCUGUCGCUGCUGGAGCAGGACCUGGAGUACCUGUGCGAGGGGCUGGAGGGGCGGUCGUCCAACCCCGUGGCGGUGCUGUUCGACUCCCUGCUGCUGCCCGACAGUGACUUUGGUUUGGAGCACACGUCUCCGCUGGAAUGGCGAUACGAGCCGGAGCGCGCCGUUCCUCACCUGGUGCUGGGAAAGGGCCCGCCAGGAGGGGCGUGGCAUGCGAUGGAGGGGUCCAUGCUCACGCUCAGCCUGGCCAACUGGAUGGAGCUGCCUGGACUCAAACUGAAGGACUGGAUGAGAGACAAGCGCAGGAACCUGAGGAACGACCGGGCCACGCCGGCAGAGAUCGCCUCCUAUUACCAGCAUUACGUGUCUCAGAUGUCCUUGGAGCAGAACUUUGCAUGUGGGACCACGGUUACCUUGGUAACCAGGCAGCCUGACAGCGGGGAUGGUGCGCCGCCGUGCUGGAGGGUGUCAGGACUGCAGCGGAGGGAGGGAGAGGUGCUGGGAGACGGGACGUCGGUUUCAGAGGAGGUGCCCUUCUCUCUGCUGGCCCACAACGUGGUUCUGGCGACGGGAACUCAUGACAUCCCGGCUCGGCUGGGCGUGGAUGGGGAGUCGCUGCCUUUCGUCUGCCACUCCUUCUGGGAGCUGGAGGCGGCCAUCUGUCGCGGGGAGCUUGACCAAUCCUCGGACCCCGUGCUGAUCGUGGGGGCGGGGCUAACGGCGGCAGACGCGGUGCUGGCCGCCCAUCACCUCGGCACGCCGGUCUACCAUGUGUUCAGGCGCUCAGUCACGGACCCCGCCCUCAUCUUCAACCAGCUGCCCAAACUGCUGUACCCGGAGUACCACAAGGUUCACCAGAUGAUGACUCAGCAGCAGCACCGACCGCCUUCGCUCCACGAGGAUGCUCAGAACCCCCCCUCCAGCUCUUCAUCCUCCACUGCCUCCUCCUCCUAUUCCGGUUACCUCAGCUUCCCGCGCCACAAGGUGCUUCGGUUCCAGCCCGACCGCAAGUGCGUUCUGGAGUCGGACUCCGGGUUGCGCUCUGUAGUUCAGGUGUCCAAGGUGCUGGUUCUGAUCGGCGCCCACCCCAACCUGUCCUUCCUGGAUGACCGAGGACGCUCCCUGAGCAUCGACCCCGCCGAGCCCGUCUCCUGCCGGAGGAACCCCAUCGACGUGGACCCCUUCACAAACAGGGUGGUCGCCGCGGGGGGGCCGGGUAUGUACGCCAUGGGCCCGUUAGUGGGUGAGAACUUUGUCCGUUUCCUUAAGGGGGGGGCGCUUGCUAUCGCGAGUGACCUUGCGAAGGGUCAGGGGGAGGCGAGGGACGGUGGCGAGGCUGUGCUGCCCAGGAGGAAGUGGCUGGAAACGUCUGCACUGGUCUGACCUGAGCCAAAAACCGCUGCGGGGGGGUCGGGUGCGCCCUCAACAGGCUGACCUCGGAGGCUGCAGAUGCUCGGGUUUGGUGAGCAGCACUGGGGGUGGCGUUAUCCAGGACGAGGAGGCGGAGCUCCAAGCUGGAUAUGCGUCCAUCUGUGCACGGUUCCUAAUCAUCAUAAAGAUUCUGUGUAUUCUUAAAGGAUCUUUGGAUAUCUGAACACCCCUACAGCUGAGAGGCUGCAAACUCCCACAGCUGAGGAGAAGCUGGCGUACUUUAUGACUGUUGUUGAAUUAUUCUGGACACGUUUGUCUUUGGAGAGGUCAAGUUUUAAGUUAUUCUGCUGCUGAGAGACCUGGAGGCGGAUGUGGGCGGAGGGAAAGACGCAAAUGAGGCUGAGAGUCGCCGCUCAGUCAGUCACAACACUAACACCUGAUCCAAGUUUGCAUGGAAUGAGGAAAAGAGGAUGUUUGGUUUUUUUGACAUGCUGUCAGUCAUCCUAACAAAAGUGUGUUAUUUCACUGCAAACCUGUUCGAUGGCAUAAAGCUGCUAUAAGCACUUAAUAGAUGGAGAAGUCGCUUUUAAAUCAUUUGUGCUGACGUUUUUAAUUAUUGUGUAAAAUCUACUGGGUUUGCAUUUUUGUAUAUUUUUUAAUUGUUUACAGAUUUUAUACUUUACUAAAGAAAAACCUGAAAACCC